GCGGUACGGAAGCUGCGGGGCGGGAAGGGGACCGGGCGAGACCCGACUGAGCUAGCUGACCGGCAAGGAAGAGGGGAGCCUUUGCAGCCGCGCUGCCCCACCCUGGUCCCUGCAAGCUGCGAGGGGCCCGGCUGGAGCUGCGGGGCCCCGGGAGGCUGAAGGCUUAAGCAUGGGGAAGAGCUGCAAGGUGGUUGUGUGCGGCCAGGCAUCUGUGGGCAAAACGUCAAUCCUGGAGCAGCUUCUGUAUGGGAACCAUGUAGUGGGUUCUGAGAUGAUCGAGACACAGGAGGACAUAUAUGUGGGCUCUAUUGAGACAGACCGGGGGGUGCGGGAGCAGGUGCGUUUCUACGACACCCGGGGGCUCCGAGAUGGGGCUGAGCUGCCCCGACACUGCUUCUCCUGCACUGAUGGCUAUGUCCUGGUCUACAGCACUGACAGCCGAGAAUCUUUUCAGCGUGUGGAAUUGCUCAAGAAGGAGAUUGACAAAUCCAAGGACAAGAAAGAGGUCACUAUUGUGGUUCUUGGCAACAAGUGCGAUCUCCAGGAGCAGCGGCGUGUAGACCCAGACGUGGCUCAGCAUUGGGCCAAGUCAGAGAAGGUGAAGCUGUGGGAGGUGUCUGUGGCUGAUCGCCGCUCCCUCCUGGAGCCCUUCAUCUACCUGGCCAGCAAGAUGACCCAGCCCCAGAGCAAGUCUGCCUUCCCUCUCAGCCGAAAGAACAAGGGUAGUGGCUCCUUGGAUGGCUGAAGACCUGCCAUUCCUUCUUCACCCUCCCAGCCCUAUUCCAGCUUCUGGGGCUACAGAAAAUGGGUUGAAGGCAAAAGGAGGUAGGGGAGGCAGGCAAUCCGUCCUUCCCAGUCAGCAGGGGAGUGGCCCAAGCCUUUUGCUCCCUGUCAACUUCCAGAAGUGCAAAUAAUCUUGGUUAGCACCUCCUCCCCUUAAACAUCCUACCCUCUUCCCAACCCCUAGCUUUCAUCAUAAUCUCCAUUGUCUCCUGGGGCGGUUGUGGGUCAGCGUCCCUUCCAUCUGCCCUAGACGGGAAGCAGAGCUACCAUCCAGAAGUGCCCAUUUUAUUUAGUUUGAUUUCUAUCAUAGGGGUCCACCUUCUGGGUUUCCUGCCAGUAACACACACAUACCCACACACACUCAAUAGUCAGCAUAGUCACAUAGUGACUAUAGUGACAUUUCUAGAGAAAAUGUAUCCAGGUAUUGUGGGUAUAUGUGCUGGCAUUACUGGUGCCUCCGCUUCUCUUACCCUGACCUUUCUCCUAUCAAUUCCCUAGCUAGACGAAGCAGGCCUCCUAAGAGUGUAAUUUUCUGUUGUAAACAACCCCCACCCCCAAUUGUUUAACUUCCUCUUUCUGCUCAGGGAGCAGAUGGGCCUCAUUCGUUGAGGUAGAAUGGAGCAAUGGCUGGGCUGUGAGUCACUAGCUGACUUUGUGACCCAGCAAGACCUUUCCCCUCUCAGCGCCAUUUUUCUCGUCUGUAAAGUAACAGGAGUUGCUUAGCUGAUCUGGAUCCUCUCCAGCUGUCUGGUUUUAUAAAGCUAUGGUUUCUCCCUCUUCAAGGUGCUAUGCCUGCCAGCCCUGGUGGCUGGGACAUGCUCUCCUACCAACCACCAGGGGGCAGGAGUUCACUUUCCACUUGGGUGCCCAGUCUGCAGACAUAUCGCCCUGGGGCUGGUCUUCACCCCUUCCUGUGGUUAUUUCUAGUUCAUAGCUAGACUUCUAUUUAUCUGUAUUUAUACACCUGCUGCCAUGGUGAAGGCUGGACAAGGUGCUCCUUUAAAGCCCUUCUUACCUCAGAUGCCUGAACAGAGCAAAGGCAAACCAGUAGCAGCUUCUCAGGAGCUGACAGGUCAUCUGUCGGGCCUCAGAGGUGGUUACACGCUCAGACAGGCUGUACAGUGAGCUUAUAACCCACAACUUCCUGUGCCCACCUUGUGCUACUAGUGUGCACACCUAGCUUGGGGAACACACUGCAGCCAGGCAACCUCCAAUACAAUGCACCUCUCUCCAAAACAGGAGAAGUGAGCAGGCCCAUGGCUGGGUGAGUAGAAUUAGGACAUGUACAGGCUUGGGGGUUCAAGUUAAUUUAUUGAUGCAUUGGAUACAAUAAAACCACAACUGCUGUUAUCAAAAAGUUUUCCUCCCCUCCCCCCUUUUUCUUGUUCUCCCUUAGG